AUCGCGACCUCCGCUGCGGCGGGGGCAGGGCAGGGCAGAGCGCGGGUUUCGCACCUACCCCAGGCACGGCCCUGCGCCGCCGCCUCGCGCUGCUGGGACCAGUUGGAGGGUGCCCCGGGACCACCCGGGAAAAACUGGUGGUCCGAGGAGCGGGGUUUGGUUUCGCGAGCCCGGCCGAAGGAGGGGAGACCCGGAGGCCGAGGGGAGCCCUUCAGCGGGCGAGGGUGCGGGAGGCUGGUGGCGUUAUGGUUAACACGCGUCUAUUCUUCUGUGCGCGGAGCCGGCAGCCUCCCGGGCUCCCACAGGACCUUAUCUGACAUCGGAGGUUUCUCCUCUCAUCCUGACCCACUGGUGAUUUGCAGCGGGUGGUAUUCAGCCCGUCUUUCACGUGCAGUUUUGCUCCCUAAACUCUACCUUUGACGCUGUAACCGAAAUAAAAGGCGGUUCGUAAUUUUGUGCGCAAUGAUGUUCCCUUAAAAGAUGUCACUUAGGAGUCCAGCAUCCUCAGAAUAUCCCGGUAGGGUUUUUUGGUUGGUUGGUUGGUUGGUUUUUGUCUGAAAUUCGGAGCUAUGGUGGGGAGAGAGCCGAAAAACAGUGAGCCUUUUAAACUUCACGCAGCGUUUGUCAUGUGAAAUCUUCAGCUGUUGAGAAAUAAUUUUGAGCCAGAUGGGCUUAUUUUAAAUGGGCAUCUUUUUGUCUCAAAGGCAUCUGCAAAUCUCCAUUGAGAACACCCCUGGAUGAGAUUGUCGGCUGCUGGAUGCUGGGGGGUGUCACGUAGGGGCUGUUUGCCUCCAAAUUGGAACAGUCCAGCCCUUAUUCUGCUAGUGUGCAAACGGAUUUCCUCCGAUGCAUUUUUCUGUCCCCCAAGUCUCUCUGAAACCAACAAGACUGGGGUUAUGAAGUCAGUCCUAGAUGGCCUCGCAGAUACAACUUUCCGAACAAUCACAACAGAUCUCCUUUACGUGGCCUCCAACGACAUCCAGUACGAAGACAUGAAAGGCGACAUGGCAUCCAAGCUGGGGUACUACCCCCAGAAGUUCCCUCUUUCCUCCUUCAGGGGUGAUCCUUUCCAAGAAAAAAUGACUACAGGAGAUGAUCCCCUGUUGAGCAUUAUUCCCUCAGAUCAGGUCAACAUCACAGAGUUUUACAACAAGUCCCUGUCCACACUUAAGGAUAAUGAGGAGAAUAUACAAUGCGGGGAGAACUUUAUGGAUAUGGAGUGCUUUAUGAUCCUGAACCCCAGCCAGCAGCUGGCCAUCGCUGUGCUGUCGCUCACCCUGGGCACCUUCACGGUCCUAGAGAACCUCCUCGUUCUGUGUGUCAUCCUCCACUCCCGAAGUCUCCGGUGUAGACCCUCCUACCAUUUCAUUGGCAGCCUGGCUGUGGCCGACCUCUUGGGCAGUGUCAUUUUUGUCUACAGUUUUGUGGAUUUCCAUGUUUUCCACCGGAAGGAUAGCCCCAACGUCUUCUUGUUCAAACUGGGUGGAGUUACAGCCUCCUUCACCGCCUCCGUAGGUAGCCUUUUCCUCACGGCAAUAGACCGAUACAUAUCUAUACACAGGCCACUAGCUUACAAAAGGAUUGUUACCCGACCAAAGGCUGUCGUAGCAUUUUGUGUGAUGUGGACCAUUGCUAUUGUAAUAGCCGUUCUUCCUCUGCUCGGCUGGAACUGCAAAAAGCUCAAUUCUGUUUGUUCGGACAUAUUCCCUCUCAUCGAUGAGACGUACCUGAUGUUCUGGAUUGGGGUCACCAGCGUCCUCUUGUUGUUCAUUGUCUAUGCCUACAUGUACAUACUGUGGAAGGCUCACAGCCAUGCUGUUCGCAUGCUUCAGCGGGGCACACAGAAAAGCAUAAUCGUUCAGUCAACAGAGGAUGGUAAGGUACAGAUCACUAGGCCUGAUCAAACUCGUAUGGACAUCAGGUUAGCCAAAACCUUGGUCCUUAUUCUAGUCGUUUUAAUCAUAUGCUGGGGCCCUCUCCUCGCCAUCAUGGUGUAUGAUGUCUUUGGGAAAAUGAACAAGCUUAUCAAGACUGUCUUUGCCUUCUGUAGCAUGCUCUGUUUGCUGAAUUCAACAGUGAAUCCCAUCAUCUAUGCUCUGAGGAGCAAGGACUUGCGACAUGCCUUCCGCAGCAUGUUCCCCACCUGCAAAGGAACGGCACAGCCCCUUGAUAACAGCAUGGAGUCUGACUGCCAGCACAAACACGCCAACAACGCGGGGAACGUGCACAGGGCUGCCGAGAGCUGCAUUAAGAGCACAGUUAAGAUUGCCAAAGUUACCAUGUCUGUCUCCACAGACACAACUGCUGAAGCAUUGUAAGUCAGAAACUUCUCAGCUUGGGAGAGAAGGAGUUAGUUUAAAAAAAAAAAAUCAACAACAGAGAAAACCAAACCCAUGGCUUAACGUGUUUGUACCCUCCUGUAAUAUUUUUUGGUUUGUCAUUGUAAGCUGAGCAAUGAUUGUGUUAAGAGCAUUACCAUCAGCCAGUUCUUCAGGUUUUACAAUUAGGUGUUCAAGCUAAAUUUUCACAAGUUUUUUCUCAAAAAGUGUUUACUGAAUAAUAAUGUUUCCUGAAAGAGCACAGAGAAAAUACCAGGUUAGCAAUGGUUUCUUUUGGAGUGUGAAGAAAAAUUGUGAAACCUAAUUGAAAAAUAAUGCAUUCUAAACCAAUACCAUCAAAUAAGAAAAAAAAGCCUUGUAAUCAUGAUGUUCAUUUCCAUGUGAAGUGUAUUUCAUGUCUGUAAUAGGAGUUUCUGAUUUUUUCCAAACACGGCAGUGCUGAGUUUUAGAGGUUUUGUAAAAUGUGUCGUGUCCUGUGAAUUGUAUGCUGUUUUAUUACGUGUUAUUGAUAUUUGUCUAAUUAAACAAAGUGAUAAGGUAGACUUCUGUGAAAAUAAUGUGAAACGUGAUAUGUAAACCCCAUUGAAAACACUUACUGUAUUUGAAGAAUUCCUAUGACAUUUUAUACUUUUAGUGGUCUUCUGUGGACUUAGAGGAGAGGCUUUGUGUUCUACUAAAAUUAUUUCCCAACUACCUUUUAUUUUCACAUGCAUAUGAGAGUAACAGCAACAUAGGAAUAGAGAAGGAAUAUGAGAAAGGAAAGCACUGGUUCAGACUUUUAAAUACCACUGCAUUUAUGCAGAAGGAUGUUUAUGGUUGCAUAGACUAUUGCCCCGCUCUUGGGUGUUGCGUGAAUACGAACACUGAAAAGCAAAUGUCCCGGGUAUUGGCUCCUUUAAUGGGUAACUGGUUUUAAGCCACGUGCUGGUGCUGGACCACUGAAGACAGCAUGUGUCAGACUCAAAGUGCCAUGUUAUCACUGUGCAGUUGAUGUAUAUUUGAAGUGUGUCACAUUCCUGUAUCCCAGGCUUAAGCAGAUUCAGAGCCUGAGAUGCCAAACUUCCGUCUUCACUAAAAGAGGAGGAAAUAUUGUCAGACUUAGACAUUUUCUUAUUGUGUGAGCGUGUAUAUAAAUAAAUAUCUGUGUGUGUACGUGUGUUUGCGUGUGCGUGUGUGUGUAAGUAUACUAAUCAGUGUGAGUCAUGGUAGCAUAACUAAGAUAGGACACUAUAACCAAAUGUAACUGUAUUUCUUGUUGCACGCUUUGCACAUGAAUUCUGUUUCUAAAAUUGAGUUCUUCCAACUGAUUACUGAUGAAAGUACCAUAUUAAGAACAUCUCAAUCCACUCUGAGAUGUAUAUCAAUGUAUUAGAGAAAGCAACCUUUCAGUCGCUCUUGGGAAUAAGGGGAAAAAAGAGGCAGAGCAUGGAAUGAGCCCGUACUGACAACUGCUGUGGCUGUCAAUGGUGUUCCUGAAAACUGAGAAAGCCAGAAGUAAAUGAUAGUUUGUUUUAAGGCUGUGAGUAGUCAAAUCUGAUAGUUUGAAAUGAGGUGAGUCUCACUGAAACAUGUGACAAGGUUUGACACUACCAGCUUCAAGGAAGAAGCUAUUGAAGGAAGAUGGUGACUCUGUUCCAUGGUGGGAUAGUUUCUGCCACCUGAGACUGUCACAAGGAACAUAUUACGAGAUAGUCUUUGAGGCAUGGAUAUUCUGUAAUUCUCUUCUGAGUCAGAAGGUCUAGGGUCCUCUUCUCUGCUGCCUUGCUUUUUUGGACUGUUCCCUCACCCUUCUGACUGAUUUCUGCCAAAAUAGCUGCAAACACAGCUUAGCCUUCUAGUGGCCUGACACUUGCCACAACAGGGGUGACUUUCUCCAUGGCACAGGGUGAGUGGAACAAAAUCCACGCUGCCCUGCCACUCGUCGUUGGUCUUACAUAGAGGGGGAGGGAGGGCAGCAGCCCAGGGUCUCUGGCUGCCAUGACAUUCCUGGGACAUUUCUAAUGCCUCAGUGCAGGCCAGAGCAGCCCAGCCCGUUUCAGCCAGUGACUCUGCAGGGAUGCAAGUGGCUCCAAGUUCAGGCUUGAUGAGUGGUGACAUUUCAAAGAUCAAAUCAGGUCACGUUCUGAGCAGCAGCUGGAAGAGGCAGGGGUACUUUCCUCCUCCACCCACCUCCCCCUGCAGCUUACUUGGGUGAGAGGGCAGGGCACCAUGCUCUCAAGAGGCCCACCACACUCAGCCAAAACCUUUGUAUUGCAGAGGACUCCCAGAGGUUGUACAAGUCCUCCUGAAAGAUCUUUCUUAUAUCUAGGUCUAAUCUAUUCUAAAGAAGUCCUCUGGGAGGAGGGGGGAAAAGCCCAUUUGAAAUGUAAAGGUAUUUUAAGAGCCAUUUUUGAAACUGUCUUCUUGUGAAUUAAAUGCAAACUUUGUGGACUUGCAUUGUGCAUUCAAGUUCUAAAUUUUACAUGAUAAGUCAUGGGACAAUGGGGCUGUCUUGGCACUUAACUUGGUGCUUACUGAUAUAAUAAGAAAUAGCAUCCUGUGAAACGUUAGUGUCUAUCAUCAUCAUUUAUUUGCAUAAUGAGUUUUUCUAAAGCUCUGGGAACUGCAUCGGUUCACUUAGAACCAUUUAUUAAGAGUCGGCAACAAUUUCCUUACAUGUUGCACACUAAGUAGAACUAUUCUUUCAUUAGAAAAAUCUGCUGCCGUUCCAAGAAAAGCUGUACUUAAACUUCAGCUUUAGGUAUUCCUACUUUGCAGUUGCCUACCCUCACUCAGUUAUAGCACAGCCAAACGAUAUUGUGUUCCAUGGCCACCCACACCAUCCUCAUCAACCAACCAACCCUUGUUGCAGUUACGUCUGUGUGCUAACUCCAAGUGUCACGUAUCUACCAAGAAGACCAUCUGUGUCACAUGCGUGCAGAGUUAGAUUCUCAACAGUCUGAUUGUAUAUUUGUAUAAUAUAAUCUCCUCAAUGCUGUGCAAUCACUAUCCACAUCUUCUUGCACUGGCCUUUUGAUGAAAAUUUUAGUAUGUCUAUUGUGAGAUAGGCAGUGCAUUUUACCUGCUGUUAUUGGGUUGAAUGUAUGUAAAUAAGUGAGAAAAAGUCAUCUGUACAAGCAGUGGCCUAAAAAGUCUGUAAUUGUAGACUAGGAAAAUUGUUGAAGUUGCUGUGACAUCUCAAAUACUACCUUUGAAUAAACUGUUUCCAGGGUCUCUUGGGAUGCUAUUUCAUAGUGAAAGGAAAAUCUUUCCUUGUGAGAAUAUGAGGUAAAGAAAUAGAAUUACCUGAGUUUUUUAUUUCCAGUGUUUUGAAGUGGAGAACAUAACUCUUUAUUGUCUGUAAAUCUAACAUUAUUACUUCCUCUUAGAAGAAUAUUGUAUCAUUAGAUGUUUGUUUCAGCUGGUAACAUCCUUGCAACUGUUGGAAUAUUUUUCAUUAGCAACCUGUAUAAUAGUUUGUACACAAGUACUGUUCAGAUUGUCAUGAAAAGUAGUUUUGACCAUUUACCUACCAGUAGCAGAAUAGUAUUUCUGUAAGAUUUUCAGUGUAUUCCUACCAUAUCAUAUUUUAUUUCUAUAAUGUAAUUAAACUGUUAUUUAUUCAAGGACAAAAAGUAUUCCUCUGCUUUUUUGUUUUUCAAAUUUUGAGAUAACUGAGGAAGCCAUGUGAUAAUGCUGCCUCAUUCCACAAUCUGGUGCUCUACGUUUUGUUUAUAAGUUUGUCUGUCAGAUUCUGAAACAACUGCUUAAACAACUUGACAACAGGUUGUCAAGCUUUGUGGGUUUUAAUUGUACGUUGAUAUGUUUGAAGGAGGAGGUAGAUUAUAUAUUUUAUAUUUGUGUAUUCAGUACUAUGGAGACGAGAGAGAAACGACACAGUUAAAACUGCAUCUCCUGUUUCAUUAUGUAGGCAAUUUCCCCUUUCCUCUGUAUUAGCCAAAAUGCAAUAAAUUUCUUUUGCCUUCCUUAGAUGCAUACGUUUGCACAGAGAUGUCACAUUAAAAGAAACCCAUAUACUUUGUAAAAACAAAACACAAAAGAGCAGAAGAAAGGAAUACAAACUAAAAUAGUGCUGCCAACAGCAACAAUGAUCUAAAUUAGUUACUGGGGUUUGUGAAUGUACUCAAGAACUUGAGACACUUGAGACAGUUUUUGGCCAGUGCCAGUGGGGGAAGAGUUAUGGGUAUAGGGAGUGGAAGAUGAAGUGGUCCAACAGGGAUGUACAGAAGCUGUGCAGGGAGAGCAUGCUAAGCCUUGCCACUGCCUACGGGUCGCACUAAAGUGCUCUUACUGCUGCUCAUCCACAACGGAAAGAAAGGGUUGAAAUAUCCCACUAAAUGCUGUAGAAAGGUCCCUGCCUAAUUCAGAGGAUCAGUUUUCCAUAUGACAUAAACUCAUGUUAGUUGGGCAAUUUUCCUUGUUCACAUCUGUGGUCUGAAAACAUCCUUAGGGGAUGAAGUGAGCAUGUCAUAGAAUCAGAAUCAUUUAGGUUGGAAAAGACCUCUAGGAUCAUCAAGUUCAAACAUGAACCUCACACUGCCAAGGCUUUGGAUCAUGGCUAUGUCACAAUACUUUUAUUUUUAAAAAUUAGGUCACUGGUGAAUUGAGAAAGUCUUGGCAAUGCAAAAGCAACUAGGAAUAAAGGAUUAGCUCUUAAUCUUUAACUGCAUACUACAUUUAAGAAGUCUGAAUAUUUCUGCUAAAAGCUGUCACUUCAAGGCAGCCAGGAAACAAUUCCCACUGUAUUUCCCUGCUCACUGGAAGACAAGGGUUAUACUGCCACAAACUGUCAGCUUCUCCUGAUGGUAACACCUGACUGCAUUUAUAAGUCUGUUCUAAACAACACAAGAGGAAAUAAUGACAGCUUUCCAAGCAACUGCUUUCCCAUGUUAUACCGGCUCAGGAAAUGUGCAGGCAAAUGUACUGUUGUUGUUUCAGCCUUUCAUAUUGACAUCUGUUAUUGUUUCCACUCUUCUGACAGAUGUUUUAAGAAGUUACAAUAUCAUCAUGCACACACAUCAUCAAUAAAACAUCUUCAUUUUGUUGGGGUUUUUUUUUAAAGUUUUGUCUUCAGUGAAAGUCCAGCUUUGACUUGACUGAAAAAUUAAUCAUCAUAUCAGGGAACACUUUAUAGUAGAAGAGAAAAAAGUAAUUUUGACUGUGCUUAAGAAAGCAUAGGGUGGGGAGUUUUAUUUGACACUUUAGAAUAUAUGUCUUCCUCCAUUCUUUGUGCAUUUGUCUUUUUAGGUAGUCGAUAUAAAGAGUUUUCUUUAAAUAGCAGUAUAAUAUACAAAGCACGAUUGCCUUUAACGGGACUCCUUAAUAUGAGCAGCCAUCUAAUACUGCUCUUUGAAAUUCAGUUAGGAGGAAAAGUGAUAAUGAGUCCAAGGUAAUCUUAAUGACGAGGCAUGACAUGCCCUGGUAUUGCUUUCCAAUAAAUCAUCUUUGGUAUUUCAAGCAGUACUCAGUUUAAUGUUAAAGCAUUUUAAGCUAUUGAAUCCUGUCUCAAUAAAGUCCAUUGGAAUUUUU